AUGUCCGCGGCGUCGCGCCUGCCCCCUGGCGGCCGCUGCCGGCCUUGCAGCCUCUUCCAGUGGACGCUGCCCGUGGCUCAGGGCGAGCUGGGAGAGUCGGGGGAGUGUGGGGGCCACUGGACAGGGGCUGCGCAGCUGGUGUUCACGUUACCGGCUUGUGUGUGGGUGGACAGGAAGGGGGCUCAGUUACUGAACGGCAUGACCUGGUCGUGCCCUUUGCAGCGGCUGGCCGUGUCCCCAGCUGGUGCCCCUUCCCUGGCGACGGAGGCGGAGGUGAGCACCCUGGACGAGGAUGAGUAUGCAGGUGACAGCUCUGAUGAGGAGGACAUCCGGAACACAGUAGGCAAUGUGCCCCUGGAGUGGUAUGCUGACUUUCCCCACGUGGGCUAUGACCUGGACGGCCGGCGCAUCUACAAGCCCCUGCGGACCCGCGAUGAGCUGGACCAGUUUUUGGAUAAGAUGGACGACCCCGACUACUGGCGCACUGUGCAGGACCGAGCAACAGGGUGGGACGUUCGGCUGACAGACGAGCAGGUGGCCCUGGUGCAGCGGCUACAGAGGGGCCAGUUUGGGGACGUGGGCUUCGACCCGUAUGAGCUGGCUGUGGACUUCUUCAGUGGAGACAUCAUGAUCCACCCAGUGACCAACCGCCCUGCUGACAAACGCAGCUUCAUCCCCUCCCUUGUGGAGAAGGAGAAGGUCUCUCGGAUGGUGCAUGCCAUCAAGAUGGGCUGGAUCCAGCCUCGCCGGCCCCGGGACCAAACCCCCAGCUACUAUGAUCUGUGGGCUCAGGAGGACCCCAACGCUGUCCUGGGGCGACACAAGAUGCAUGUCCCUGCCCCCAAGCUGGCCCUGCCCGGCCAUGCUGAGUCGUACAACCCCCCGCCGGAGUACCUGCCCAGCGAGGAGGAGCGCCUGGCCUGGGAGCAGCAGGAGCCCAGCGAGAGGAAGCUCAACUUCCUGCCACAGAAGUUCGCGAGCCUUCGAGCCGUGCCUGCCUACGGCCGCUUCAUCCAGGAACGCUUUGAACGCUGCCUGGAUCUCUACCUGUGUCCCCGGCAGCGCAGGAUGCGGGUGAACGUGGACCCCGAAGACCUCAUUCCCAAACUGCCUCGGCCACGGGACCUGCAGCCCUUCCCCACGUGCCAGGCCCUGGUCUACAAGGGCCAUAGUGACCUGGUACGCAGCUUCAGUGUCUCCCCGGGGGGCCAGUGGCUGGCUUCAGGCUCAGACGAUGGCUCUGUGCGGCUCUGGGAGGUGGCCACCGCCCGCUGCAUGAGGACUGUGCCCGUGGGGGCUGUGGUGAGGAGUGUCGCUUGGAACCCCAACUCUGCCGUCUGCCUGGUGGCUGUGGCCGUGGACGAUGCUGUGCUACUGCUGAACCCCGCCCUGGGGGACCGUCUGGCGGCAGGCAGCACAGACCAGCUGCUCAGUGCCUUCAGCCCGCCCGAGGAGCCGGCCCUGCAGCCGGCCCAGUGGCUGGAUGCCUCGGAGGAGCAGCGCCAACAUGGCCUGCGACUCCGUAUCUCCCAUGGCAAGCCAGUGAUGCAGGUGACCUGGCACGGCCGUGGGGACUACCUGGCCGUGGUGCUGGCGGCGCCGGGGCACACGCAGGUGCUCAUCCACCAGCUGAGCCGGCGCCGCAGCCAGAGCCCCUUCCGCCGCAGCCACGGGCAGGUGCAGCGCGUGCUCUUCCACCCCUCCCGGCCCUUCCUGCUCGUGGCCUCCCAGCGCAGCGUCCGUCUGUACCACCUGCUGCGCCAGGAGCUCACCAAGAAGCUGAUGCCCAACUGCAAGUGGGUGUCCAGCCUGGCUGUGCACCCGGCAGGUGACAACGUCAUCUGCGGCAGCUACGACAGCAAGUUGGUGUGGUUCGACCUGGACCUCUCCACGCGGCCGUAUAAAGUGCUGAGGCACCACAAGAAAGCCCUUCGGGCUGUGGCCUUCCACCCCCGGUACCCUCUCUUUGCAUCCGGUUCAGACGACGGCAGUGUCAUCGUCUGUCACGGCAUGGUAUACAACGACCUGCUGCAGAACCCACUGCUGGUGCCCGUGAAGGUGCUGAAGGGCCACGGGCUGGCCCGAGGCCUGGGGGUGCUUGACGUGGCCUUCCACCCCACCCAACCCUGGCUCUUCUCCUCUGGCGCCGAUGGCACCAUCCGCCUCUUCACCUAG